AUGUUCUCUCUAACUCUCUUAGUUAGAAGUUCCGUCGGCAGUGGGGUUGCCGCAUCGAAAGCAGCCAGAAAUGCGGCUCCUGCUAUUCCUGCCUGCGCCACUAGUUCUUCACCACAUUCUUACAGCUGCACUAGAUCCUUCAACAGCGCCAAGAAGCACGGCCGCAAUCGUUGGAGCAAUGGGAGCAGCAACAGUAAGUCCUCGAAACUACCGAGCUUUCCAGGUACGAGCAACUGCGUGCUUGGGGGCCGCCGCCAUAGCAACGAUGAAAGACAGUGCAGAAGCUCUCCUUGCGACAAAAAUUUCAGCAGGCACACAAGCUCCACUGCUGGGAGCGGCAGCCCCAGCAGUGAGCAAUAUCGUCAGCAAAUGCACAACGAGGAAAAGCUAUUUUCUGCACAAGCCGAUGAUUGGUGGGACCCCGAAGGUCCUGCUGGGGCUUUGCAUGCGUACACCCCAGUGCGGGUAUCCUUGCUAGUGCAGCAAUUGCAGACGCUACCUAUCUACCAGCAGAUCCUUCGGUCGCUCCCACAGCUGCAACAACAGCAGCAGGCGCAAGUGGCCGAGCUGCCUCUAUGCGGAGUGCGCAUCGCUGACAUAGGCUGCGGCGGAGGCCUUCUUAGCGAAGGCCUUGCUGCUGCAGGAGCUUCAGUCACCGGGUUUGAUUCUAACGAGCAGCUCCUUGCAGCAGCGGGACGCAGACAGAAGCAGCGCGCCUCACAGGGCCUUCCUGACUUGGGCAGUCGUCUGUCCUACGUCGUAGCAGACGCUUGCACUCUGCCGAAACGGUCGGAGUGUGGUCACUUUCAUGCAGCAGUGAUGUCGGAGGUAAUCGAGCAUAUAUGGGGGAAGGAACGCAAGGCAGCCGCAAUUGCCGCGGCGGCAGCGCGGCUGCAACAGGGUGGACUCCUCAUGCUAACGUCACUUAACCGAACCCCGGAAAAUUACGUCGCCUCAAUUCUCGUGGCCGAACAUCUCCUGAGCAUCAUCCCAAAGGGUACGCAUGACUGGAAAAAUUUCAGCACCCCCGAAGAGAUACGAUCUCUAUGUAGAGCCGCGGGGCUUCGGCCGCUGCAUGAGGUGGGAUUCAUAUAUAAUCCUUUCAACAAAAGAUUCAUCCAGGAGCCCACAAUGCGCCUUCUUUACGCCAUGACUUUCGUCAAGUCCUGA